ACGCACACUUGUGUCUAUCAGAGCAAUAACAACGGCGAGCAAACACGCCAUAGAACAAACCCUUCCCCGAAUAAUUGCCCCUAUAACACAUAUCGCAGUUACAUCUCCACCCGAUCCUAAUGAAGAAGCUUCGGCCUGACUGACUGGGAGAUGGGAGUACAAAACAUAACAGACCAGACUCCACUGGUCCAGGCUAUAUUUAGCCGAAAUGCAGAAGAAGUGAAGUUUUUGUUGCACAAGAAUGAAGAAGUCAAUGCACUGGACCAAGAACGCCGUACCCCCUUACAUGCUGCUGCGUGUUUGGGCGACGUUCACAUUAUGGACCUUCUCAUUAAUUCAGGUGCUAGUAUUAACGCUAAGGACCAAGGCUGGCGGACUCCCCUGCAUCGGGCAGCUGCCUCACAGAACGAAAAGGCUGUGGGGCUGCUGCUGAGACAGGAUGCGGAGGUCAAUGCCCGGGAUAAAUUCUGGCAGACGCCAUUGCACGUGGCUGCGGCCAACCGGGCCACACGCUGCGCUGAGGCUCUCAUCCCCAAGCUGAGCAGCCUGAACGUGGCGGACCGCUCCGGCAGGACUGCUCUGCACCACGCUGCACACAGUGGCCACGUGGAGAUGGUGAAUUUGCUCCUUAACAAAGGGGCCAACCUGAGUGCCAGCGAUAAGAAGGAGAGGCAGCCAAUCCACUGGGCCGCAUACCUCGGGCAUUUGCAGAUCGUGAAGCUUCUUGUGUCGCGGAGCGUGGACGCCAUGUGCAGGGACAAGCGCGGUUAUACCCCGCUCCACGCUGCAGCUGCCAGCGGCCAGAUUGAGGUGGUCAAGUACCUGCUGCGGCUGGGGUCAGAGAUUGAUGAGCCUAACGCCUUUGGGAACACAGCGCUCCACAUGGCGUGCUACACGGGCCAGGAGGCGGUGGCCAACGAGCUGGUGAACCGCGGCGCCAACGUCAACCAACCCAACCACCAUGGUGGCACGCCGCUACACCUGGCCGCUGUCUCAACCAACGGGGCGCUCUGCCUCGAGCUGCUAGUCAACAACGGCGCUGACGUCAACAUGCAGAGUAAAGAAGGGAAGAGCCCUUUGCACAUGGCCGCUAUUCACGGGCGCUUCACCCGCUCCCAGAUCCUUAUCCAAAACGGUGGGGAUAUAGACUGUGUAGAUAAAUAUGGCAAUACUCCUCUUCACGUUGCUGCUAAGCACGGCCACGAGCUGCUGAUCAGCACCCUGAUGACUAACGGUGCUGACACAGCCAGACAAGGGAUUCAUGGGAUGUUUUCGUUGCAUUUGGCUGUGCUCUACGGGUUUUCAGACUGUUGUCGCAAGUUACUCUCCUCAGGUCAGCUGUACAGCAUUGUAUCAUCUCUAAGCAACGAGUAUGUGCUGUCAGCCGGGUUUGACAUAAACACCCCAGACAGCCUGGGGAGGACCUGCCUGCACGCCGCUGCCUCUGGAGGAAACGUUGAGUGUCUUAACUUGCUGUUGAGCAGUGGUGCCGACUUGAGUAAAAAGGACAAACUGGGAAAAGCUCCUUUGCACUACGCUGCUGCGAAUGGGAGCUACCAGUGCACGGUUGCCCUGGUGAGUGCUGGUGCCGAGGUGAAUGAGCUGGACCAGAAAGGCUGCAGCCCCCUGCACUACGCUGCCGCAUCGCAGACCUUCUGCCGAGUGGACAGACAUUACUCAGUCGGACACCAGAGUGAGGAGAGGGCAAAGGAGGACUUUUUUUGUUUGGAGUAUCUGCUGGAUAACGGGGCUGACCCGGCUCUGAGGAACACCAAGGGUUACAGCGCAGUCCACUACGCAGCAGCCCACGGAAACAAGCAGAACCUGGAGCUGCUCUUGGAGAUGUCGUUCAACUGUCUGGGAGACGUGGAGAGCAGUGUUCCAGUUAGCCCUUUGCACUUAGCCGCGUAUAACGGUCACUGUGAGGCGUUGGGGGUGCUGUCUGAGACGCUGGUGAGUCUGGACGUUCGGGAUGCGGGGGGGCGCACCGCCCUAUACUUGGCGGCCCAGAAGGGACACGCUCAGUGCUUGGAGGUCCUGCUGUCCCAUGGGGUCUCCUGCCACCUCAGGGAGCGCCGCAACAAGUGGACCCCACUCCAUGUCGCAGCUUCCAACGGCCAAACAGACUGUCUGCUCAUGCUGGUCAACCGAGGGGAGAAGGCUGACAUCAUCGACAUUGCCGACGUACAGGGACAGACGGCUCUGAUGCUGGCAGCUCUGGGCAGCCACACUGACUGUGUCCACAUCCUGCUGGAGAAGGGAGCCGGGGUCGAUGCUGCCGACAAGCGAGGCCGCACUGCCCUACACAGAGCUGCGGUGAUGGGCAGUGAGGACUGUGUGUCGGCCCUGCUGGAGCAUGGUGCUUCGGCUCUGUGCAGGGAUUUCCGGGGGCGCACCCCCCUGCACCUGGCCGCCUCCUGCGGCCACAUGGAGCUCCUGCGCAGCCUGCUGCAGGGCGCCACACGCACCGACCCCCUCGACUCAAUGCUGGACUACAGCGGUUACACUCCCACCCACUGGGCCGCUUACCACGGGCACGAAGACUGUUUGGACGUUUUACUUGAACACAAACCUUUUAGUAUCCAGGAAGGAAACCCCUUCACCCCAUUGCACUGUGCUCUAAUAAAUGGCCAUGAUGGUGCUGCUGAACUACUUGUAGAUACGGUCGGACCUCAGAUGGUGAACAUCAGAGACGCCAAAGGAAGGACCCCGUUGCAUGCAGCUGCCUAUUCGGAGAGUGUUGGCGGGCUGCAGCUGGCCCUGGUCCAGGGGGCAGAGGUCAAUGCCGUGGACACCACAGGACGCUCCGCCCUGAUGGUUGCCGCCGACAACGGACGGACCGCAGCCGUCGAGAUCCUGCUGCACCAGGCCAAGGCAGACCUGACCCUGCUGGAUGUCAACGACAACACCGCCCUUCACCUGGCCUGCAGCAAGGCUCAUGAGAUGUGUGCCCUGUUAAUCCUGGGAGAGAUAAGCGACCCCUCCCUCAUCAAUGCAACAAACAGUGCACUGCAAAUGCCCCUUCAUAUCGCAGCGAGGAACGGUCUGGCUACAGUGGUCCAGGUGCUCCUCAGCCAGGGGGCAGCUGUGAUGGCUAUAGAUGAGGAGGGCCACACCCCGGCCCUGGCCUGUGCCCCUAACAAGGACGUGGCGGACUGCCUGGCCCUGAUCCUCUCCACCAUGAAGCCUUUCCCUCCCAAAGACGCCAGCGCCGCCGCCUCCUUUGGCCUCAACCUGCUGAAGCACUGUGGCAUCGCCACCACCUGCGGGCCCCUGCCCAACGGCACCCUGCACCACGCCUACGCCAAGGACCGCCACGGCACCGCCGGCCUGGACGGCUGCUUCACCGAGUGAAGCGAACCCCCAACCUGUUUCCCUCAGACCUCCCUACCCUGUCCCCUUAUAUCUUUAACUAGCCAGAUCUGCCCUCUUUAAUCCACUAUGAUCCGGGGGACCCCCCCCCCCCUUAUAACACACACAACAAGAGCAGGAAUAUACUUUGAAUUACAUGUGUGUAAGUGAGUGUGUGCGUUUGGAUGUGUGUGUUUGGAUGUGUGUGUCGGUAUAUGUACGCGUGCGUUUGUCUGUGUGUUUAAAGAAAAACUAAAUCCCUUAUGGGUGCAGUCAAACCUAUAUGCAAUUAUUUGCCUCUCCUCUGUGGCAUAUCGUCUCUGUCGUUGCUAGCCUGGCCUUAGGUCAGACACCCUCUGUCCAGUGUCCAGGACAGAGCACGUCACUGAGUCCCUCUGAAUCGUACCGGCAGAGUUUCUGUAUCAUCAUGAAGUUAUCACGGUUUUGUUGAAUUAACAGAUUCACAAGCAUGUGUUAUAAGCUACGGUCUAAAUUAAUUCUAAAUUAAAUUUAAAUUAUUGUGAAUUUUUGAUAUUGCACUUCAACAACGAAUGAACUUACCUCGCAAAUCCCAGUGAAAGCGAUGACCUAGUAGAAGGAGAACGGUGCCUCGCCAACUUCUACUCUGACUGAAACUGGUGCAAUAUGCAGCAUGUGUGGGUAUUUCCAGUGCUGUGCCUCUCUCCGAAGACUAGAAUAAAACUGAAGUAGUAGAGCGAGGGGAAGAACGGGAGAGAGUGAUAGACCGUCGCUGGGUUUGACAGUACAGUUAAGAGUCUGGGUGAGUUGAGAGCUCUGCAGAGAAGCCCAUGGAUUUGAAAACAAGCGGUGACAAGCUGGUGUUGACUCACCUAGAAGUCCGACAACAAGCACCUCCCACUUGCUAAGGCUGUCUGAGUGACCUCAUCCACCAGGUCCAGUAGAUGCCGGACUUUUGUUGGCUGGGUUUUUCUGCAUUAGCCCCCUCUCACUGAGUCCAUCCUGAAGGGAGUCGUUGUGGGUCUUGCCUGAACCCCACUCCCGUUCGUCACUGUCGUAGAAUACUUUUGGUAUCUUAAGGCGGUUCUAAGACGUUUCUGGAUAUUUAACAAUGUUGUGCCUAUGGAACACUGAGAGACAACCACAACCCCUUAACCUCACCUAGUUUAUACCCUCUGAUCUCCCACCUGAUUCCUGAUUAUUUAAGAUUUUAAAAGAGAACAAUGCUAGUGGGACAUUUUUAAAGGAUGAAAUGUAGCUUUGAAGAGAAAUGGGUUUAGCACACAUACUGAACAGCAUAAGCUGUUUUUGUUGCUGUCGUAUAAACACUUGUUUACAUAAUGUAAAUGGUCGUCGUAUUUACUUGUGAAUCGACGGUCUAAUAUGUUUGCACAAUAAGGCCAUGCCUCCAGUAGGAAAAUAAAAGAGCGAAGACGUGUUUUCAAUAUAGCUGCUAAAAUAUUGCUGCCUUUUCCAUGGAUUCUAUUCACGGUUUCUGUCAAUGUGGGUCUACAUUUGGUGUGUACAUUUUUUUUUUUUUUUUUUUUUUCAUUAUUGGGAAGCAAUAUUUAAACAGACUUCAAAUUCUUUAGCAUUUUUUUCUUUUCAUGCAGUUUGCUGUGUGGAAAGGUUCAUGUUUUUACCUCAACAUUGGGGAUGACUUCAAGUUUUCAAGAAAAUAAUUUGCACUACCUCCAAAGUUAAAGUAUUAUUUUUCAAAUGGAAUAGGUAGAAUGUUUUUUAAAAUAGUUUUCCUAUUCUUUCCAAACAGCCAUACUUGAAAAAAAGUCAGUAAUCCCAAUCAAACGGCAUGCGCUGUAAUCCUCACUUGUCACGUUGAUAGGCAUAGCAUUGGGAGUUGUCAAAAGUACAGCCAAAAACACAAAUGCAUUCCUUUUAAAUUUUAAUUAGGCACGUCUUGUACUUACCUCAAAAGAUUUUAACAACGCAACUCAUUGACUCCUGUUUGAGCCACACUAUAGAUCCAUUAAUUUUUGUUGAUCUCUUCUCUGCCGCCUUUUGCACAGUAGUUGAAUCAGUUUAGUUUUAAGGGUGAUCAGUUGAUUACGCUAUUUAUGAAGAUUGUUGAACAGAACAGAAUUCAAAAUGAUGUUCACUCCGUUUGUAAUUGUUUUCUUGAGAUUGUAAAGAUCCCCCCCCAAAAAAUGUAAAUUACAAAAUCAAUCUUUAUCAGCAUUUGACCCUAGUCAAACAUUCAUAAAGUAAUAUGAAUAUUUAAAAGGAGAAAGUAUUUUUAAAUCCAUGGUGUACUGUAACAUUCUGCAUUAGCCUGCCUUGUAUCUGUAUUUGACAUAUUACAUAAAUGUAGUUAGAUGGCAAAAUUGCACAAGUAGUGUUACUGUACCGAUGCAUAUCUUCUCUCUUAACAGUACACCAUAUUGACAAAGUAUGGCUGACACAAAAACACACAUACUUAUAUUAUGUUGGUACGGUUAUGUAUGGACAGCUACUUUUUUAUUUAUUUUUUGAGAUGACAAUCAGCAUCACAAGGGCUUUUUAUUUAUAAGUAAAUGCUUUUCGGGAGUUGUUUUUAAGAAGUGUCUUUCGGGAUUUAGUUUAUUUGAGUCAUCGAGUAUUUCUUUACACCCGUUUUGAAGUAUGUGUGCUCCCAUUUCUCUUUUUCGGCAACAAGAACACCAUGUUGACAUGUCUGGUACAAAUACCUCCAUUGUGUUAUACACUGACAACCUUUAACCCUCUUCCUCUGUUACAUUGUUGUUUCUCUCUGGAUAUGCCUCAUUCCUAUUAUCAGUUGUCACCUAGAAUUGUUCUCUUUUGAAUGGAAUAUCAAAAUCAUUUUGCACAUCUCCUUAGAUGUACGUACUAUUCAUUAUAUUAAGAAGAAAAAAACAUUUGAUGUAUCAAUUUCUGAAUCAUAUUUCAGCCUGAGAUUCAUUGUCAGCUCCUGGUGCAUUUAAUCAUAGGGCUGGGAAGGAACUGUGUUUUAAAAAAGGAAAAGCUUAUCUUGCACCUAUUCAGAUGCCAGUAAUGUUAUUCCACAAGGUUUUUAAUGUCAAAGCCUUUUAAGAAAAAAUAAGAUGACAAAGUCAAUAUCCUUUACAUGAUGUAGGAAUAGCCAAUUCCAAAACCAGUGUCGUUGUUCCUCAUAUUUAUACUAAUAUGCUGAAAAAAUGAUUGUAUUAAGCUACCUGAAAUUUUUGUGGCAUUUUACAUAAGCCUUUUUAUAUGAUGUCAGAGAAGGUUUAGGCCCAGUUCGAUGAGGUGAGAUCACAUCGAAUAGUAAGCCAUUUAAUAAUGUUCUAGGGUGAAUUGCUAUGUUAAUUAUAAUUGUUGCGUUGAUUUAAAUGAGAAUAGGAAUUUACUAGAUCCCAUAUAUAUAUUUUUCCUAUAUUGUGUAACGGUGUGACAUUUCAUUGACCGUGGAUUUGGUGUAGCCUACGGUUUUGUUGUCAUUCGGCUGGUUUAGACAUGACAUUGAAAACCCCAAUCUCCCUUUUGGAAUAAGUUUUAAUGUGAAACUGAAUCCCUUACUGAUCAAUCGGAUGCCUAAAGACAUACAAGUAAAGAGUUAAAGGACUAAAUUCAUGAAGCCCCUUUCCUUCCCCUUUUAAAAGAAAGUUUUUAUUUCCUCCCUAUUUACCUAUUCUGUUUACACUGUGGACAUAUAUGAACCUAGUAUUGUGAUCUUUGGGGCCAUAGAAUGUCGGAAAGCAUUUGAAAUUUUCAGUGAUGCAACAAAAACAACCAUUUUCACUCAGUCCUGACCCAAAGCACUUAUUUCAAGAAUAAGCACUUUUGUAUAUUUAAUAUCUCUAUAUGUAUUUAUGUAUACCGGUACAUACAGUAUGUUCCCUAUGUAGAUAUAAACUUCUAUUUAGGGAGAACAAUACCUUCAGUGGAGAGAUGAGAGUAGAUGAACUGGUGACUGAUCUUCACAAUCAUGUGUGAUGUGCUUGUGGGAGAGACACACUGUUUAAUUGGAGGGGCAUGUUUCUCUUUGGGGUUAGCAUAAGAGAGCAGUGAAAAGUCUAUGGUCACACCUUGGUGUGCACACGUGUGCAGCAAAAAAAACACAUUUCAAAUGGAAAAUUAUACUUGCGCUGCCUUUCAUUGAGUUGCCAAAAAGCAGGGGAUGAAACUGAAAAACACUUGACUUUACCGAAAUUGGAGAUAUUACGUACAUUUGCAGACAUCUUAACUAAGCCAUAUUAGUCAAUUGCUGACAAAAACGUGAAUGUAUGGUCUAAAUUAUGGCAGGGGUUUUGGUUUUCGAGUAACUGACUUUUGCCCCACUGUUUAAGUUAAGUUCUAGAAAUGAUGGGAAAAGAAUGGGAAAAUGGACUAAAGCAAAAUGAUCUUUACCUCUGCCUCCUCAUGCAUAGAUGUGGUAGGAUUGUGUUUCAUCUUUUGAUAUGAAGGGAUGGCUAACUAAUUUGUGCCAUUGAAGGGUAUUAUUGCAUUCUGCGGAUGGGUUAGCCUAAAAACGUGGUACAUCCAGCAUAUAUAUGCCUUACGUUUAGCGGUACAAGCCUCACUCCAAUAUAAUCGUUUUGACUCUUAGAAAUCAUUUGGUGAAUGAUACUUUUAGUUCCUCUCUAGCUUUUGUUUGUCAACAAUGGGCACUAGCGCUAAUAGCUGAGCUAUCCCUCCUGUUAACCAUGGACUCACCAUGGACUGCCUUUACAAUACCUCUUAGAAAUGAUGUAUAGUUGUUUUGCUACUCUAUAUUUUGUUUGUAGUGCGUAGCCGAUUUUUACAUUUGGGAAUGUGUCCGUUUUUGUCUAUCAAAACAGUCGACCUUAAUAACUCCCCAUUCUGUUACCUAGACUCACAAGUGCCGUAGAAAUACCUGUUUGUCUAUGAAAAAAGGAAUUGUCUUUGAUUCUCAGUGGAGAUGGUAUUUGUGUGAUGCUCAACACAAAGAGAGGAAUAAUGUUUUUUUUUUUUUUCGGGGAUUAGAUUGUGCUUCAUCCUUUUUUAUGAAGGUAGAAUUGUAAUUCUGGAUGGCAUCUAAUGAAUUUACCUAAUGUAUCAAUUAAACACAGUUUUUGGUUGAUGUCUCACAUGCAACAUCUGAAAUGUUAUCAGUAUGGUAUGGAAAAGCAUCUGUGUAGAAUUAUUUUGUUGUAAAGGACGAUAAUACCUUACAAUGGCUCAAAUGGCAAAGAUGGACAACUUUCUCAAAAUGCUUCAGUUUGUAGGAAUGAGAGACAUGGGCGCUUUGGCCAGUGGAUGGAGUGAAAUAGAUAGCAUUAGAUAAUUGUGAAUGUGCAUGGUGGAAGACUGAUCAAGUCCAAAUUGUAUUUUGAAAAAGCAGUAUGGGUAGUAGGGUAGAAGAUGGUAAAAUUGCACAUAAGUAAUUGAGUCCGAGUACUGUAAACUGAGUUACAGGAGAAGUUGGGGAAAGAACUAUUAAAAACUUUGGAAGGAAGCAGAUUCAACACAUCUUCAUUUCUUUCCUUUUUUUAUUUUAUUUGUAUAGAUUAAGAGUAUUUAUGGAUUUUGGGCAACUGACAAAAUGUUGCCAUCAGAUAUGUGAGUGGAAAGAGACUAAGUAGGGUCGCGUUAAAAUUGGAGAAUAGGAAGAACAUACACUAUUGGUAUAGUGGCCUAAUGUAGCUGCCUUUAUCUUGAUGAGACACUAUGGUCCUUCUAGUGAGAAAGCAUUCAUAUGGUAUCGAACACUUAUGUCAUGCUGAUUCAAUAACCUCUAAAUUAGGUGUGGAAGGGAUAGAAGUUUGAAACAAAGAGCAUGUUGGUUUCUUUUAGUUAUGCCAGUGAUCACCAUGGUGAUGCUGUCCAUAACGUAGUCCUCUGGGAUGUCUCCCACUUACCUCUAGGACAUCGAUGUCCUUCAUUACUUGAAAAGUCAUUGGAUUAAGGCAAUAGCUAGGCAGUUACCUUUAAAAAAAAAAAAAAAAAUGUAUUCCCAUUUGAAAGGAUUCUUUCAAAUCAAGAGGACACCGUGAACAUUUCCUCUUCUCCAAGCAUAAUAUAAACGGCAGAAUUAGAGCUUUCUUUGUUAUUAGAAUUUGUUGAAAAUAAAUGGCUACAAUUUUUUCAAAAAAGUAAGCAUGUAAAAUGCGGUACAUCAUAUUAAAUGGAUUAAACAAGAUUCAUUCAUCUCAUGACGUUUCUAGUCAUAAAUGACAUUUGAUCACCGAAACAAACACCUCUUGAAAUUGACAGAAUUGUGUCAUCUUCAAUGUCCAGAUUCAUGCGUGAAGCACACUAUUAAGUUCUUCCAUGAUUCCAACUUCUGCAUGUCUGUCCCAUCUCUAUGUAGACCAAAUGUUUCUUAGAGAAGAUGGCAUGUCUGAUCAUGUUAAGAUUCUUGAUUUUUAUAGCUUGUAGGCUAUGUUCAUGCCUUCAUUAUUCAUUUGUUUAUGUUGUACAACUACUACGUGGACAAGAUUUACAUGCUUAUUCAGUCGUAACAUCCAAACUCUUGUUAAAAUUGAACCAAACUGUCGGUCCCACUUUUCUGCUAUUCGACCCUCAGGUUGUGGCCCAUGUUGUACUGUCUGAAGUUUGUCUGGUCCUAACUUGUUUGAUUACGUUUGUCACUCGUGUGCCUCUGAAGUUAGUUAAGGCUUAGUAACACUUGUUCAAAACAAAGCAAACUGAUGUAUGGGUUGACUUUAUUCUCUAACAGUAUUUGGCUUCUUUGAAAUACUUCAGAGACGAUGUAGACCCACCAAUAGCUUUAUUUUGUCUGUCUUCUCUUCCUCUUCAAGGACAGUUACUGAGUUGACCCUCCAAAUAGACUAUAGAGGGAUGCACUGGUGUCGUCUCCUUAGUGGAGAGUAAUGUCCACACUAUUUUUAUUGUAUGCCUUCAUGUAUUACUUGAUUAGUCGUUAUCAGACAUUGAACAGCUUACCUCAAGAUGUUAUGUCUCGCAAUGAUUUUUACCCAAACCAGUGCAUUUUAUUGAUGUAUUGGACCUCAUUGGAGAGUAAAUGUGAUACAUAUUAUGCAACUAUUUUUGUCACUUUUUUAUUUUUUUUAUUUGAUUUGAUGGUUGUUUCAUGACUCGACUGCUUCUUGACAGCCACCCAUAGGAUGGGGCAAUGCAAGUAGGAAUCCCGGGUGGGGCAGUGGUCUAAGGCACUGCAUCGCAGGGCUAGAGGCAUCACUACAGACCUGGGUUCGAUCCUGUGUCUGUAUCACAAAUUGCCAUGAUUGGGAGUCCCAUAAGGCGGCGCACAAUUGGCCCAGCUUUGUCCGGGUUAGGGGAGGGUUUGGCCGGGGUAGGCCGUCAUUGUAAAAUAAGAAUUUGUUCUUAACUGACUUGCUUGGGUAAAUUUAAAGGUUAAAUAAAAUAAAUAAAAACAGUUAAAUUAGGAUAUUGAAUCAUGAUGUUUCCAUUAAAGAAAUGCUUCGAUUAGGCAACCAAAGGAGAGAAAUGUCUUGGACCGGAAGUUGUUUUAGAUCCACAUCAUAAAGUAACUUAUUUAUGAGACUUCUGUGCAUUUCUAUAUAUACUGUAUGUCACAUGGCUGGUCAAAAUUGUUAUAGUUAAAGAAUGUUACCUUGUAAACUGCGAAACCCAGCUCCUCUAUGACCACCAAAUACAAUCCUGACUGACACUUUGUCGUGAUACAGACGGGCAUGAUAAACUGUGUCCUUACAAAACCAUUGAGUGAAUAGUUAAGUCCUUGGGGUAAAAAAAAUAUUUUACACAUCAGCAAAAUGGUCUUCCGUUCAUGCCAAUUGAAAAGCCUUAUUGUUGAUAAAAGUGGAGGUCACACCUCCCAGGAACACAACUGCUCACAAUUACAGACCCGGUGAAGCCAGUGAGCCAUUGUUGUUCAUUCAAAACACAACAUGAUUCUAGUGCUUCCCAGUCUUAUCGUCCAUCCAUGUCGUGCACUGUGGCUUCAACUCCUCAAGCAAUUGUUAAUUGGUUGGAGAAAUAUACAAAGAAACACUCAUGCUGUUGUCAUAAAUCCAAACACCCUCUGGAUGUACAACUUGACUGUAGUUUAUUUUGCUCUCGUUUGAUUCUUGCCUUUGGCUUGCUUGCCAUAUUUGUCAAGGGACCUGAAAAAACACAUUGAAAUAGUGUUGAAUCCCAGUAGUGAUAAUACUGGAGUUAUAGUGUGAAUUCAUAAUAAAAGCAAUAUUGGCAAGUGCACUUUGUUGGGUGUUCUAAGCACAACAUCACUAAAAAUGCACUUCAGACAGAGUAGUGUGUAGAGAUUGUUGUUGAUUUACUUAACUAAAUGGUAUUGAAAUUAACAUGGUCAAUUAUUAUAAAGCAAGACUUAUAUUUGUGACAUUUGUAGUACCAUUUUAGCAGUAUGUUGAUUUGAUCAGGAUGUAGUUUUAGUUUGUGUCUGUACAACCCGCCCCCCCCCUUAUACAAAAUGAACCGACUUAAGAUAAUCACGAAUAAACGUUGUGGCUUAGGCAUUUUUAGGCUAGUUUUUAUGCAACUCCUUUAAUUGUGUGUGUGUGUUUAGAUUGUUCUCUGUACUACAACAUGUUCUAAAAAUAGGUGGUGGAAGAAGAUUGUAUUUUGUGGACAAGGAAGUCAAUGGAUUGCUAUGCCACAGAACUUAAUGUUUUGAUUACUUUUACAGUACAGUGAGUAGGCAUAGAGUUCUGUGUUUUAAGUGUGUUCGUGUGUGACGAUUUGGGAAGUUAGCUGUCAUGUCUUCAUUAGUGAGUAUGAGGUCAAGAGUGUGCGAUGGUAAUAUGAACCGCUAUCAGCAAAAGGGCAAAGAAAAAGUGUGUAUUCAUUCCUGUCUAUUGUAUUUCUUUACCCACUUCCUGGUUUAUAAAUACCGUAAAGAAUAUUGUUUUUUCCUUCUAAUUAUUAACGUGAAAUACAUUUCCUUUGAAACACAAGUGAUGUAUGUAAGAUUCUGGUACAAUGGCCUGUAAUAGUUUUUGGUUGACUCAUUUUAAAUGUUAUUGUUAAUUUGAGCAUAUUUGAAAAUAAAUUAGUACAGUAUCCUACGUGCUAUGUGGGGUAGACUAAUAUGCAUUAACAGACCUUUUGAAUGAAAUUUAAAGCACUGGUGUAAUUGAAAGCUUGAGGUUGGUGGUUGGUAGUCCUUUGCUUUAACAGCCCUUAUUUUUACUUUGGUUCUGGGUAUAUUAGCGUCUUAUUCAGGAGGGCGUCUCGGUUUGACUCAGUCAUUGGACAUUGCUUUGUAUUAUGCUAGGAUUUGUUUACUCCAAUAGACCAGCCAAGCAAAAUGUAACACAAGCCCGGUCUACGGGCUACAACCUUGAAUUAUUAUGUGCUUUGACUGUCCGUAUUGCCUCUGCUAGAAUUUCAUUGGCUUCUUGUUUCGCUGCAAUUUUUUUCACCAUAUUGGAAGUUUUGGGUUAAAGUUAGUAAUUGGUCAUAAAGUUUAACGUUAGGCAGGUAUUUUAACCACUAAUAGUCCCUAUCUGGUUGUAGUCCAUAGAAAGGGAUAGAAUAUGCCAAGCCGAUGUUGACUUCCCAUGUGACUUCAGCAUGAACUGUAGGUGAUCAUGAAAGUGUUAUUGUGCUUCAUUUAGGCCAAACUAUAAAUUAGGAGGUGCAAAAUGAGCAAGUGGAAAUGCAUGAAAUGCUUUCUCUUUGGCAUCUUUCUGUUUUGAAGUACUGCUGCCUGGUGAAGAGCUUGAGCAUGCCUGCAUUCAGUAUUUUCUAGAGCAUUCAGUAAACAUUUCUUUUAAGUUUUAUUAGCAUGAGAUUAUGUGAUUUUUGAAUCCAUAUUACCUCAAAUAUAUCAGUUAAAAGUAAUACAUUUAAGUUAAAACAAAUGGUCUCACCUCAAAUGUCCAUGCUAUUUUGAAAGUUACUUUUACUGCUAAUGUAAUAUGAUCAUGUUUUAUUUUGCCUACCUCCUUGAUGCACAGCUACUCUUUGUCUCCUUAGCUCAUAACCACCUACAGUGAGCUACAAAAGUAGUGUGACCGUGACACAUUUGGGGGGGGAACUAUGUACAAAAAGUGCUGUAAUUUUGAAACCGUUCACCCGAUAUGGAUGAAAAUACCCUAAAGGUAAAGCUGACAGUCUGCACUUUAACCUCAUAGUCAUUGUAUCAAAGUGCUGGAGUACCGAGCCAAAACGGUUUUCACUGUCCCAAUACUUUUGUAGCUCACUGUAUACUAGUGUCUGGAAAAUAGGAAAGCAUAUUAAUCACUUUUGAUCAAAGACAAAAAAAGUGAGCUUGAUUUUGUGUGUGUGUGUACGUGCACUUGUAACAUGGAAAGAAAAAUGAUAUCCCAACAACCACUGGAAUGUGAAGCCAAACUGUAUUUUGAUCGAAUGAAAUCUCCUUUAAGGUCUAACUGUUGUAGCAUACAUGUGAACCUCGUCUCUGGUACAUGUUUUCUAUCCUUCAGAUACUUGUUGCAACAAGGUACUUUAUGAUAGUUUUUUAAAAACCCCGUCCUGAAAGUAUCCACCAGGAAUCAUCCUGUUUUUCAUAGUAUGGUGGGGUUUUACUGUAAGUGUGUAAGUUGAGCCAUACGUCUAAAAGUCUAGUUUACAGCUGCAACUGUGUCUACAACUACCAGAGAUUAGGAGAACAUGUGUGCAUCUUAAUUACAAAAGCAACAUAACUAAAGCUGUUAUUGAAGUCAAAUUAUGGAGAUAUGUGGUGUUUGUGUGAAGGGAAAUCGUAUUGCAUCCAGCCUUAAGCCUUCAAACGAAAAACAAAUCUAGACCUUAAUUUGUGAUCAUGCUACCACCACAACUCCCAUCACCUCUCCCAACCAACUGACCUUUGACUGGAGCAUAGGUAUGUGAUAUACAGUAAUAGGGGUUAGAGAUCUAUUCCGUAAAAGACACACACACACAAAUACCCUUCCAACCCUGAACAAAUCUCCAACAUGUUCAUUAUUUUGACAUUGCAAUCCUUGAAAGCACUUUGCCUUGUUAUAUAAUUGUGUGCUACUGAAUGGUUAUUUCUUGUAAAAUGUUCAGAAAAUGUAUAAAAUACAUGAUUUAAUGAUUUUAGUGAAACAGUGUAAUCUGCAUUGACCUUUCUGACAUUACAGGAGAAACUUAACAAACCAAGGCAUUGAAACCUGAUCGAUUUUAUACAAUGUAUGCUACAGCAUUUGAGUCUUGUCAUUCAGUGUUGUGGCUUAGGAUUGGUUAUGUUUAAAUAAAUUGCUAUUGCUUAAUAUCUA